CGCUCCGUGCCCGGGGCGGUGCUGCGGCCGCCGGACGCUGCGGAGAGGCGGCGCGGCCCGGGACGAGGCCAGCAUGGGCCGGACGCUCGUGGAGCUGUUUUACGAUGUGAUCUCCCCGUACUCCUGGCUGGCGUUUGAGGCUCUCUGCCGGUACCAGCACAUCUGGAAUAUUGACCUGCGCUUCCGUCCAGCUUUCCUCGGUGGCAUAAUGCAACAAACUGGUAACAAGCCGCCAGCAAUGUUACCAAAGCGAGGGGAAUACAUGCUGAAGGAUAUGAAAAGGAUGGCAAAGUACUACCAGGUGCCUGUACGCAUGUCCCCAGAUGCCUUGCAGCAAAUCCUGAAGACAAGCAGCCUGACGGCCAUGCGCUUUAUCACAGCCAUUGACAUGACAAACCCACAGUACCUGGAACCCUUAUCCAGGGAGUUCUGGAUGCGCUUUUGGUCACAGCAUGAAGACAUCAGUCAGCCAGAGAACAUAUUGGCUGUUGCCCGACAGGCUGGGCUCUCAUCAGAGCUCUCCCAGAAGGCACUUGAAAUGACUUCAUCCCCUGCAGUGAAGGACCGAUUGAAAGACACAACAACUGAAGCACUGAAAUAUGGGGCAUUUGGGAUGCCUGCUGUUGUGGCACAUUAUGAUGGGAAACCUCAUCUGUUUUUUGGCUCUGAUCGUUUAGAGCUGCUAGGCAGCGUUAUAGGUGAAAAAUGGCUGGGACCAGUUCCAAGCCCCAAGCUGUGAAAAGUCCUGAGGAAAUAUAUAGGAAGGAAAAUAUAUAUGUCAGUCUUCAGUGGUUAUCUGAAUGUAUUCAUUUUUAUAGAGAGAUGGCUUUCUCAUCCUUAACAGUUAACUUUACUGCUUGGUCUCAUCUGUAAUUUUGAAAAAUAUCAAGGUUUGCCAAUAUUACCAGCCCGGUGAGGUGUUUACCAAUACAAAUGCGCUUCCUUUCUUUCUACAGAUCAAAGAUUAACAUUAAAGAUUUAACUUCUUGCAGAGUGAACAUUCUUCUUCCCUGGUUGGUUUUCUUUCCUUUACCCUAAAAACAUGAGGAUUACGUAGUUACUGGACUGUGAUCUCUGGGUUUCUUAUGUCUUCCUGCUUGUCCUUUAUAAACACACACACACACACACACAUAAAACCUAGGAGAAGCUGGCCACAUUUCCUUUUAUUUUAAGUCCAGUGUACUACAUAGACAUAAGAAGCACAGGCUAAGAUGUUAAUGCUUCCUUUUACUUUGCAUCAUGGCAGCUGGGAAGGACACAAUUCAAGCCUAAAGAAGAGUCUAGGGAACCAAUCAAGUAUUUUAAAAGGAACUAUCCCCAUCCUGGACAAUAUUUGAUACACCUGCAGUGACUGAUGUUUGAGGAAACCAACAUACACGUGCAUUUGUGGGCACCAACCCCAGACCUUGCAGGGGUUAACUAAUCCAGGUUUUACAGGAAUGUCUUUGGAGGAUGGUUGUGAACACCACUGUAGGUUCAGCUGGUAACUGAAGUAGACUCUUUUGCUUCCUUAAGGAUGCCCUAAUUGCUGCAUAUCCAAAGGUGAUUUGGAUAUGGCUGUGAGGAACUUCCAAGCAUGUAGUCUGCAGAGGGAAAGGUAUGCAAACAAUUAAAAUAAGAAAUUUCACAUGGAAACUGUUUGAGCUUGGCCCUGUAUUGGCCAAAUUGGAAUGACACACAGAAAUUUGAUUUAUAUGAAGUUUGAUUUCACAAUGAUUCCACACUCUCUGAUGCAUCACUGAAUAAAACAGCAGCAGCUGGAAUUCCCUUUUUUGUCUUUUUCUGAAUUUUAGGGUAAAGCACAUUCACGUAUUUUCACUUGAACAACAAAUCCUAGAACAAAGCAUCAGAAAAAAAAAAUCUGUAUCCUUCAUGUUCUUACAGCUCUGAGUGUUGUGGGAGUGUCAUUUGUUCCCCCAGCCACAAUUUUUACUU